AUGGAUAAAGUUUAUGGGAUAAAACCAGGUCCUGAUCACUAUGCAUGUACGAUUGACCUUUUGGGCUGCUCAGGAAAGAUGCGUGAAGCCAAGGAGUUACUCAAUGAAAUGGUUGUGGAACCUGAUGCAAUUGUGUGGAAAGCAUUGCUUGCUGGCAUGUACACUCAUAACAAUCCAAAAGAAGGCGACUCCAGCGAACAACGACUUCUAUCAUCCAUUGCGAUCAAUCAGCCACUGCAAACAGGCGAACUCAAGCAAGAUGUUCUUGAUUUGAGAAGAAUUGUGCUCGAAGCUUUAAUUUUGAAAUCAGCUAUGGUUGCAUCUCUGACUGGAUACACUUUCUGGCUUCUAAGAAGGGCAAGGACUUCAGCUAUCUAA